ACGACUCCACAGUCCACAACGGCUAGAUUUUCUUUUUCCCCUUUCUCCAUUAUUCUUUCUCGAUCAAUUUCAGUUCUUGAGUCUAUGAAGAAUCGGUUUUCUAAUUAAAUAAUCGUUCAUUAAUCUUUGAACGGCAAAAGGGUUUCUCAGUUCAAGAAUUUUACUUCGAUUCUCAAUUUGUUACUCCUUUUACAAUUUGUAAAACUAGGGUUUUCAAUUCGUGUCGAUAUGAAAAUAGAUUACCAUGGUUUUACUCCUGCAACACCUGAAAGAGUAAAACCAUCUCCAUUUACACCAUUAAAACUUUCUCCUUCAUCAUCAGAAACGAAGAAGAAGAUCUCUUCUUCAACCGAUUCUUUUCAUUCUCUUCCAUGUAAUAGAGUUCCAAAUGGUGAUUCUCCAUCUGUUAAAGCAAAACACCCUCAGAUAACCGAAAAGGAUAAUAAUAAGGCUGUUAAGAUGAAGCAACAUAACCGUGUUGAUGUGGCUAUUGAAACAAUUGAGUCAUUUCGCAGUCUUUGCUCUCAGCAAACACAGGAUUCUCUUGAUAAUGUGCUCAUUGAUCUAUACAAGAGAACCGGUAGGAUAGAAAAACAUAUCGAGCUUCUUCAGCAUAAACUCCAGCUAGUUGAGGAUGGUGUUACAUAUGGUGGGGAACGAACUCAGACAGCAAGAGCUCAGGGGAAGAAGUACUAUUGCUCCAUUCAACACGAGAAAUCAAGGUUAUUGGGGAACUUGGGAUCGGCUUACAUGCAACAGGAGAAUCACCAAGUUGCUGAAGAAUUGUAUAGGAAAGCUUUAUCUAUCGAGCCAGAUAAGAACAAAGAAUGCAAUCUUGCCAUCUGUUUAAUGCACAAAGGAAGAAUUAUGGAAGCGAAAUCUUUACUUGAAACUGUAAAACCUUCAGUAGCUGAGCGCGAGUUAGCUGAUUCCUAUAUUAAAUCAUUUGACCGUGCUACCGAGAUGCUGUCAGAGCUUGAACUUCUGAAACCACUUGAGCAGAAGAAAGAUGAUAGUUUCAAAAUGGAGACUCGGGUCAAAGUGAAUUCCAGUUCACCAGUUUCUUCCAGAUAUGUGGUUGGUGAAAGAGGUUUGGAGCAUUCAGAUUCACGAGUUUCUUCUACCACCAAGGUUCAGCAGACUGGCACCAGAAGAUGCUUAGAGAGUUCACAUCAUAGGGUGUCGCCUGGAAAAUGGAGAGCCGAUGAUUCACAUUUAAGUCUUUCACCCAUUUAUGGUGCAGAUUCUGGUUUUUGGAACCCUUUUGGUUCCUCUAAAAGUGAGAAAAUCUGGGCAGAUAUGGUUGAAGAACAAGAACCCUCAGAGCAGCAGUACUUGUACUUAAAUACGUAUUCAGAUUGGAGAAAGAAUUCAACGCCGUUAAGAAAAGAUAAGAGGCUUCAAGCUUUUAAGGAAAUCACUAGUCAGGAGGAUAGUGCAGAGAAAGACAUGGAUGUUGUAAUGAAGCAACUGAAUCGUGCUGAAGAGGCAAUUGAAGCUAUUAAAUCCUUUCAAAGUCUGUGCUCUCGACAAUCUCAGGAAUCUCUUGAUAAUGUGCUCAUUGAUCUCUAUAAGGUGGUUGCUGUAUUGAGAAUCGGUUUCUGUCCACUAGCAUUUACUUUAUACAGGGCUCUAGUACAGAAUUGUAUUAAGAGUGAUAUCAUGUAUUUUAUGGAUUUUGAAGACUUGGUCUUGAGCUACAACCAAGCGAAACAUAAAUUCAAGAUGGUCCUGGAAUCUACAAAACAGGAAAUUCUUGAACUUUACAAGUCAAUGGUUGUUGGUAAAACAAGAAUGUUCUGGGAUAACCAAAACUGUGUCUUCGUUAUCUGUUGAUUGAUUCAUUAUCAUUAAGCAUCUGAACUUUUGUACAGAUUCAUUGGUGUAACAGAACGUUGUUAUAGAAAUUCUAUUUUUG